AUGGCUGCCACGAAAGCAAUCCUUGUCACUGGCGCAACCGGAAAACAGGGCGGUGCUGUCCUAGAACAGUUGUCUAUACAUUCAUCAAGUGGAGAUUACACGCUCCUCGCCGUCACCCGUGACGCAAACUCCGCCUCAGCUCAACGCAUCGUCCAGGAGCAUCCUGCUGUCAAGAUUGUUCAAGGCAACCUCGACGAUGUUCCAAGUCUCUUCCAGUCAGCCAAGGCUGUGUUGAGGGAAGCUGGCAAAGCCGAAACGAUUUGGGGAGUUUACUCUGUACAAGUCUCUAUGGGCAAGAAUGUUACAUACGACAGUGAAGUCAAGCAAGGCAAAGAUCUCAUUGACGAGUCUGUCAAAGAGGGCGUAACACACUUUGUCUACUCAAGUGUCGAUCGGGGAGGCAACGUGCGCAGCUUCGAGAACAAAACACCCAUUCCCCAUUUCCAGACUAAAUUUGAGAUUGAGCAACAUCUUCUCGAGAGGGCAGGCAAGCAAGGUGAGCAUAUGGGCUGGACGAUUCUUCGACCCGUUGCGUUCAUGGAUAACUUGGCACCCGGCUUCCCAACCAAGGUCUUCCUCGCAGCGCUGAGAGACACGUUACAAGGCAAAUCUCUCCAAUGGGUCUCUGUCGAGGACAUUGGUCUAUUUGGCGCACGCGCAUUUCGCGAGAAUGAGAAGUGGAAUGGACGUGCUGAGGGACUUGCAGGCAGCGAGCUCACCAUGGAUGAGAUGAAUGGAUGUUUUGAGCGCGUUAUUGGAAGCCCAGUGCCUGCAACGUAUGGCUUCUUUGGGUCAACACUCAUGUAUAUGGUCACGGAAGUAAAGUUGAUGAUCAAUUGGUUUGCAGAGGAGGGAUAUGGUGUUGAUGUUGCCAAGUUGAAAGAGGAAGAGCCAAGGUUGAGUGAUUUCGAGACAUGGCUCAGGGAAAAGAGCGGCUGGAAGUCACAGGUUAUCGCAAAGUAG